UAUUUCCCUUUCUUUUCCUUCCUCCAAAGCCCUCCCUUCCCUUUUCCUGCAAACUUCCAAAAGUUUGAGAGACAAAGAGUCCUAAGUUCAACUAAACCCACUAAUAUUUCCAACAAUUAAUUACUAAAUGCCAUUUUAGAUAGAAAAAACAGUUAAAUCACAUUAAUUAAGGAGGUUUAAUUUUUUUUUUUUCCGUAAGCUAAAAUCUUAAUAAAGCCACUUCCAAACAUUGUAGUGUUUGGCCAAAAGAAAAAUCCACCAAAAAAGGUAAAGUACCACCAAGUUUCUAUCAUCUAACCAACCACUUAUUGACACGUAUAUACCUUACCAUAAUUGUAAUCUUCACUUUAAAUAUCCGGUUAUAUGUCAUAACCCUUAUUAGAAGCUAUAGUUUGCGUUUAGGCCACAACCAAAUAAUUUAAUGAAUGCGAUGAUAUCUUAGCUUUUCCUCAUAAUAUUAUUGUUCUUGCUUUUUCCUUAGUAAGACCAAAGAAGAAAGGAAAAGGAACCUAUUCUUUAAACAAGGCAUGCCUUCUUUUAAUAAUUACUUUCCACACCCCCUCCUUCUCCUUCUCUUUCAAAACCAUGGAAGAUUUGAACAUGAUUGCUGCCGAUUGUGUUGUCAUAUCAUGCUGCUGCCAAUGCUUGAUCUUGCAAAUUUUUGUACUUGUGUUGCGCAAGAUGGUGAGGAAAACAAGAGAAUAUGGUAAGAAAAUAUUUUGUCAAAAGAAGGGGGUGCAAAGAGAAAUGGGUUGUUAUAAAGAUGUGGUUUUGAGAAUUCAUGAACAAUCCUUCAGGGUUCAAGAGGAUAUCGAUCUAAAAGAUGGUGAUUUACACAAUUGUGGUUGUUGUAUGGUUGAAGUUGAGAAAGUGAUGGAGGAACUUUGUGAGAAGGGGGAGUUUGGAUUUGGAAGCUUUUGGGGUAGGAAGAGGCCAUGGGGUGUUACUAAAGUUGUUAAUGAUCAUAAUGAUGCUAGUUUUGUAAGAUAUCAAAUAAUUGAUUUGGUUGGUUCGUUAAGCAAUGCUUAA